AGCGAGGGAAGACGGAGGAAAAGGUGUGGGCGAGGAAGCAGAGAGUAAUGUCGCUCUUACGGGGAAAUUCAAAGAUUAGGCACAUAGAUGAAGAAGAAGCCGUUCUGCAGGACAGACUCUAUGCUGGGUUCCAGCGGGCGGAGAAUCGCUUGCUGAAUUCUCUGCGUCAACGCCAGGCUGAGGUCGUCAACCAAUAUGGUGAAAUUAUUGAAGAGACCAAAAACUCAGAGCCACUGGGCAUUGAAUCUGACCUCCACUGGCAGGUGGAAUGGACUCGGACCCCGGAGCCCAUAGAGGUGCUUGUUUUGUGUUUGAGGGCCGUGAGAGAGAAGCUGCCCAGAGGUCUGUACUCACUGAGCGUGUCUCUUCAGACUCAACUGGGCGGCCGCACGCUGCACUGGUCCCGUCUGCAGGAGCAGCAGUGGGUUGGAAGAACAGAACCCGUGGAACACCAGGGCCGAUACUUUGACAUAGAGCUCAACAUUAACCAGAGCCUCUACAUGGUCUUGCCUGCAUCAUGUGAUCUGUUGCCGUCCAGUGUGUUAGUGUUCAAGCUGUUAUCUCUGCCUGGAGAUCACAGUCAUGUGAGUUCUGUGGUGGGCUGGGGUGCAUUUCCCGUCUGCGACUGCUCCCUCCAACUCUUCAAUGGCAAGUUCAAGACCCCUCUCUUGCGUGGCAGUCUGAACCCCUCACUCAACCAGUUCCGCAGAAUUGAGCAUCUGCUUUCCACUGACCUGGACAACUGGCUAUGCAACCUCUACUUCCAGGUGAAGAGACUCCCACGGGGCAGCACCGGGGUGCCAGAGCGCAGCUUCACCCUGCAGAUCCCUUCUCACCCCCAGCUGAGCUCCAGCCAGGGGCUUCAUCCCCAUCAGGACACCUCCAUCCGCUCCUCUGCUUCUCUGCCAGGUAAGAGCCCCAGUGGAGCUGUGUCAGCCUCUGAGCCCAGCAACCAGACAAACCGCCCCAUCGCUGAGAAAACCGAGGCCGAAAUUCAUAGCAAGAGCGGCAGGCAGAAGAAGAUAAUCGAGAGAAACAGUGAGGCGCUCAAACCUCUCCCUAAAGAUCAGCUAGACCAGUUCACCUUCGCUGUGAGAUCUCAGCACCACAAUCAGCACAGGUCUGCCGCUGUGUGCUGUGGGACGGGCGAGAGAACACGUCUGGCAGUGCGUCUCCUCCCGUCACUGCUCGGUUUGUCCUGCCAUCCACGUUCUCAUCUGUCUCAGAUCAGUCUGACCAUUCUCCUGUUCGGCGUAAUGUGGUUUCCCCGUCUGUACCUUCAUUACUGCAGCCAGUGGCUCUUCCUGCAGGCUCAACAUAUCCCCAUCAACAGAUUUGGGUUGGGUGCGCACACGGUGGAUCUGGUCUAUCAGGGUUCGCUGCUGUCUACCCUGGAGGAGGUUCUGCUGGUGCUGCUGGGCCCCCUGACCUUGAAUGCAGCUACGCUACUGCUGCUCCUGAUCAGAUGGGGCUGUCAGCUAGCGUUUGGCUCACCGCCCUCCUUCCUGUCAAAGUUUAUCAUGGCUGCGGCGGUGUGGACAGUGCUGGACCCUCUGGCGGUCUUUGCUGUGGAUGCCGUCCUGGGGCGUCUGUCCUACAGUGCAGAGGAACCGUUAGCAGAUGCUGCUAAGCUGUACUGGCAUUUCUUUCGGACUGAGCAGUCGGGCACAGCAGGCAUCAUCAUCACACUCUUCUUGUACGGUGUCCACUGCAUCCUCUCCUUCACCUUCCUUUAUGUUUACUUCCUCAGACUUCACAAUGAUGGGAGACUAUUAGAUAUCUACCAGCGGCUCCACAGCACUGAGGGAGCAUUCUUUGUUCCACAUGACAUGGAGGUUUCCAACCAGGAGCUCAAUUAUAUUGUAAAGAAGGCAGAGCAAUGGAGAGGCUUCAAUGGAGAGAGACACAAGGUGGCAGUGUAUGACUACAUCUGGACGGAGGAGGAGCCUGUGGUAGGAUUGGCACCACCUUCGGGCACGCCCAAUACCGGAUGUGAGACCAGCACCCAUUUAUCCAUCUACACACUGCACUUGAGCGGCCUGCGCCAUCAUUACAGACACUUCCUGAGACAACCUGAUGGAGCCAUUAUAGAGGUGAUGCAUGCUUCUGACAGUAAAGAGUUUCAGAGAUCAGAGGUGCAUGAGGAACAUGGGAGGAUGAAGAAUGUGAUGCAUCUCAGAGAGAGGAAGAGGAGAAAACCUGCCUGGCGAUCACACAGGGUUGAGCCUCUUGGAGGAAGUGCCUGUGACUCAAGCAAUGGAAUAAAAGAGCCCAGCCCAUAACCUUAAGUAGCCGCACAAUAAAAAUAAAAUAAAAUAAUAAAAUAAAUGCCUUU